AUGACUGCGCCUCUACGCACCGCGCCUACCGACCUUAUCUUUGAGCAACGCGACCCUAUGGAGCGCUCGCACACGCUCGAUCCUGAUGGGGACGUGGUGCUUGUCCUAGAAAAUACGAAUCCAGCUUUUGCCCUGUGGGAUCAAUGCACCAUCGCCGGGCUUCAGGAACUUAACCUAUGCCAGCCUAACAACCCGACGCAUCUUGGAACACGCUUUCGAGGCGGGCACGCAAGACUCAGACCAGUCUCGUGGAAUUCGAUUUCGGCAUUAAAGGCAGAACCAAAAGCAGAAGGCAGCUUCAGGAAAUUGAGCAAAAAGGAGAAGAGAAAAAAGAAGAGGCAAGAAGAGUCUAAGUCUCCAAGGGUCGCGACCAUCAGCGGCCUCGGUGUAGACGAAUUGUCGCUUGCAGAAGAUGAAGUUAGUCGAAGCUUGAGUGCUGCCGACUCGCCCGUUGCAAACGAUGGCUCGUUACACCCGCAAACACCAGAAAGCCGAGACUCGCCUUGCGAUGUCAAAUACGAUCAAACUCGGCUUCAAAGCCCAGUUUCUACGGUCUCACGCGUUGAAUUCAUCGUAUCGUCCCGACAUCUCAUUCUCUCAUCACACUACUUCAAGGCCCAACUCUGCGGUUCAUGGGCGGAGGCCUCGGUGCAAUCCCGAGAUGGCCGUCGUCAUGCCCGAACACGGGACUGGGACGCUGACGCUCUCCUCAUUUUGAUGCAGAUUUUCCAUGCCAAAACGGGAGACACUCCCCGUCUUAUUGACCUGGAACAGCUUGCCAAGAUCGCGGUCCUAGUUGACUACUUCAGCUGUUACAAUACUGUUAGAUUCUUCUCGACUCUGUGGAUCGACGCCCUCAAAGAACAACUGCCGUCGCAGUGCAACCGCGAGCUGGUUCUAUGGUUAUUCGUGGCUGUGGUCUUUCGUCGAGAUGACAUCUUCCAGACCAUCACCAAGACAGCUGUCACAGAGAGCAAAGGGCCUCUCCCGACUCUUGGACUACCUUUCCGAGGAGACUUGAUCGGUUUGUAUUCCUGCCACCCUGUGUACAUACCCCUUCUGAUUGUGGCAGACCAAAUCGACCUUCGAAGGCAGGAUGCCAUAGCAGGUAUCCUGGGAACACUGGAAACACUGGGCACAUCUCUACUUCGCGGCCUCACCGGCUGCGACUUUAGCUGUUCUUCUGCCCUCUUUGGUGCAUUGGCAAAGGAAAUGGCUAAACACAACCUAAUGGACCCAGAACCCUGUGCACCAUUCUUAGGCUAUGGUAUCACCGCGCUUGAGAAAGCGAUCAAGGAUUUCCAAACUCCUCGGUGGGGUCACUCUGUCUAUCAUGUAUCAAGCUCGCGACCUUGCCAGCUGGUUGACAUAUGUACCAAAUUGCUUGGGGAAGGGCUGGACGAAGUCAAGAAAGGGUUCACGCUCAGCGAAGUUGGUCUUUUCCGUCCUUGA